CCCUCUGAUGAGACUCGAUGGUAUAUGCCUUUGGGAUUGGGAUACACUAACUGCGGAAUGUUAACUUGCAUUGAUGAAACUCUGCUGGUAUUUGUAAUAACUCAAACUGCUAAGAAAUGUUACGUGGAGUUUGACCAAAUGUUCCACUACCGUCCAAACGACCUGUCUGCUGGCAAAUGGACAAAUCAAAACGUGCCUUGCUGGGAGAAAGAGAUGGAUCUUUUGCCUGUCAACGAGGCGGAUGUCAUGAAGAAAUUCAAUUAUAUCGUUUUCCAAUUUGUGCUUGUAACAUUUUAUUUCUGGAUGUUCCCUUUUACCGCGCUACUGGCGUUUGCUGUAAAUAUAUAUGAAAUAAGAUAUUGGAGCAAGUUAUUCAUCUUACACUCGCGACGCCCGUUGCCAAUUAAAACGUGGGGCCUUGGCUCGUGGGGUACGUUGAUGGUGAUACUACCCUACAUGGGCGCCCUUUUUCAGAUCACUUCGUUGGUCCGUUUGAGUAAUGUAAUAGCGAGAUCUAUGCACAAUCGCUACUUCUCUGGAACGCGAUACUUUAUGGAUUUUGCUAUGGGGAUGUAUAAUACAUCGGACUUCUUAAACACAACUACCAGUAUUGAUAGAUAUGGCAAUUUCGUUUUUGGAAGUCCAGCGUUAGAAUGGUAUCAGUACUCACUUGCCAGUUUUAAUAAACAUCUUUAUCCGCACUGGCAAAAGGCAGACUUUUGUUUAUUUCCAAGUAAGUAA